CGGGACGCAAGAGGUCUAAUCCGUCAACAUGGACAUCACAGACUACAUCGUUUCACGGAGGGCUGAUGCUCUGUUAAUCGGAGACUACAAUACCUAUCGUGCUCGAGUGACCCGCAGAUUGCACGCCCAGCGUAAGCGACUUGGGAGAACGACACCCAAGGGCAAGAAAUACACGCCAAAGCCACUUGUGACCGCAGAAGAAAUUGCCUCAAACUCCGAGCAUGUAUUUCUUUUUCUCCUCGCUGCAGAACGAGGAUGGGCGUCAGCUAUGCAUAUGAGAUCGGUGCACUCCGCAGACCCAUCUACAAAAGGAAUUGUGGGCUCAACGAGGCGUCACAUAAUAUCCCGUUUAAACAAGGCGGCGACAUACGCGGAACAACUUGUCCAAGUGCUUGAAAAUCAGUCGGCCUCUGGAGCGUCGAAUGUUGGUUUGCUAGAGGCUCGAGCCUACCUUGCUUCUCUCAGAGCAACCUUUUGGAUGGAGAAGCAGCGGUGGGAACAGUGCCUGCGCCAAAACUCGCUAGCCCGUGUGAUAUACACAGCGAUUCAAAAGAAGACUGAUCGUGAAGUUUUCCGUGAUCUGCUGUCUAGCACCAUUGAUCCUGGAAUUAGAUAUGCAGCGUAUCAACUCAAAGUCCCUCGUUCUGUACCACUACACACCAUUAGCAUUCAACAUUUUCCCGCGGAUGAGAAAGUGCGAGCAGAAAUAGAAGCCCUUGAUCCUGAAGCAUUGUCCGAAAAGGGGGGUGAAAACAAGGUCACUGCCGAUGGGAGCACCCAAGAACUUCCGGAGACGAUUACAUGGCGAUCGCGAACUGUGAAACUCGAAGAUGCUUCCAUAUCACAGGCUUUGGGAGCAGCGGCCGCUGCUGAAUCCGAACUUUCGAUCUGGAUGUCUAGCCCUAAGGGCCAACAUGCGUCCCCCAAAGACAAGGCGGCCAAAUAUGACAACGUCAUUAUUGCUAGUCAGGACGCUGUUGACGCCACGAAAACUGCAAUUGAUGAACUCUCUAACGAUGGAGUCGACCAGGGAGAUCAAAGAAUGCAGGCUUUGCAAAUCACCCGAACCUCCGUGAACUAUGCGUUGGUUGGGUGGCGUGUCGGCCGUAAUAGAGUUCUGUGUGGUCCCGAGGAUGGCUUACAGUUUGAGGCUGAGAAAUUUAGAAGUACAAAGAGGCCGAAGAUUCAGCGAAAUUUGAAGGCUCCAAAAGAGGAGAGUACAGGGAAGAAGCUAGCUCGGCUACGUGAAAGGGUUGUACUUUAUGAUGCGAUCCUGCAAAGCUUAGACUCCGUUAAAGAACUUCCAGGAGUUGCUGGAGAUGCCGAAUUUAUGGACGAGUUGAGCGCGACUCGGAAUUACUUCUUAGCAUUGAGGUGUCUCUCCAUCGGCAGAUCCCAUGCCUUCCUUUCUAACCCGAAGAACGCCCUGGCGCUCUUCGCUCGGGCAUCAGAUCUAGCCUCCAAGUGCCAGUCUGCCAACGCACACCCCACCAGUGCAGCUGGACUGUCACGAAUGGAGGUGUCCGGGCAGCAAGCAAAUGCGCUGUCAACGCAUUUACAACAUCUCAUCUGGCAGUACCGUGGAAUUGUCGAAAUUGAGAAGCUUAAUGAUGAAGCUUCGCGAGUGGAAGAUUCUACGCUACCACCCCUUCUUGAACGACUAGGAGGUUAUCCUUCAGCCAGCCCGGAUUUAUCCAACCUGGUGACAUAUCCUCCCAAGAUCCAACCGAUCCCCGUGAAGCCGCUCUUCUUCGAUGUUGCUUGGAACUACAUCGAUUAUCCUCGGGAGGCCAAGAGGGCCAUUGAUGUUCGCGAAUCCACCACGGCGGAUACUGAAGAAAAGCCGGAACCAAAAAAGAGAGGAUGGUUUGGUUUCGGUCGAUAAUCGCAUUGUAGUUAAAAACAGAUAUUCAUUUUCAGGCCUUUUUAUGGAGGUGCUAGACUUAGUUUCAUCUGGAGAUUUCGAGAGAUCAAUAAAUAGUCCACUGUUUGCAGCCC